CUCUUCCCCUCUCCAAUUCAUUAAACUACCCCAUAAUACACAAAAAAUUGAGAAAUGGAAAGAACAUUUUCAAUCCAUGCAUUAAUAAUUCUGCUUAUUGCUCUGCAAUUCUCCUCCUACUUCAGCACAUGCUCAGCCUCUAGAAAAUCUCAUAGCAAUGAGUAUCUUACAAACCGAAAGUAUAUAAAAAAUUCUUGCAGGGCCACAACUUAUCCUAAGUUGUGCCUUAAAUCUCUGGCACGCCAUGCAAGCAAAAUCAAAGCCGAUCCCAAGCUAUUAGCCCAUGCAGCUCUCAACACGAGCUUCUUCGCUGCCAAAACGACUUCAAAGUUGCUAGCCAAUAUGUCAAAAGUGCACGGCUUGGGACCAAAUGAAGCUGCGGCCAUGGUGGAUUGCAUUGCGGAUGUAAGUGAUUCAGUGCAGAAGUUGCAAAAGUCUAUAAAGGAAAUGGACCGUGCCGAAGGCUCUGAUCUUCAGGUUCAAAUGAACGAUAUUCAGAUGUGGGUGAACACAGCAUUGGAUGAAGAGGAGACCUGCAUGAAUGCAUUGGCUAAUAAGGCCAUCAAAAGCAAGGUGAAGCGCGGAGUCAGAGGACGCGUUGUUAAAGUUGCACAUUUGACAAGCAAUGCAUUAACCCUUGUUAAGAGCUUUGCCUCGGCUCAGAAGAAUUAACCUAAUUAGGCGUUAAUUUGCUUCUGGGAAAUAAAUUGAAGAAGGCCUGUUUUGAACAAUGGAAGCAACAUAUACAUACAUACAUACAUAUAUAUAUAUAUAUAUAUAUAGAGAGAUUGCUUCCAAUCGUUCUUUACAAAUUGAAUUGUUAUUGGUAUUACUCUGUAUCAAAUUGAAUUUCACUUUUUUUUCUUGGGUUAUUAA